CACUAUGAAACCAGACCAACAAGACAGUUUUCUCCUUGCCAACAGACGACAAGAGUCUUCUCUGAGCUAAACGUCAAAAAGGUAUCACCAAACCAUGGCUGGACAUUUCAACCUGAUUAAAUAUGCCAUUGUAUACUGCGCAAUUCUCCUGAGGUUUUUAAGUGACGAGGCCAGAAACUCCAAACGAGCAUCAUUUGACAAUGAGGAAUUUCUAUUUUCCUCCUUUCAAGAAAGCCUUCAGAUGGUGGAAGCAGCAUUAUGUCACACCAGGACAGAGCGAGACACACUCCGGUCCCCAAUGCAGCUGUUUACAUUUCUCCGGCAAGCAGAGCCUGAGACCCAAGAGAUUUCCAGAGCUGCAGAGGUGUUUGACACGGCUUUAUAUAUCCUGAAGGACAGAGCCAGCCGGAGACAUAAAAGGGCUCUUGUUGCAUCAGAGCUCCUUUCAUUGGAGGACUUGGCGCUGAUUGCAGACCUGUCAGGUUGUCCUCCACCCGUUCUCCCAGCCUUCUGUCACAACGAUUGCCUCGCCAACAAGUACCGUUCCAUAUCUGGAGUCUGCAAUAAUAGGCAGAAGCCUUUCUGGGGCACAGCCAACAGCGCCUUGGCCAGAUGGCUUCCGGCAGAAUAUGAAGACGGAGAAAGAGAACCAAAGGGCUGGAACCAUGGACAACUAUAUAAUGGCUUCCAACUUCCCCCGGUACAUGAAGUCAUCAUGUCCCCACUGCAUUACCAGGUACAUGAAGUCAUCAUGUCCCCACUGCAUUACCAGGUACAUGAAGUCAUCAUGUCCCCACUGCAUUACCAGGUACAUGAAGUCAUCAUGUCUCCACUGCAUUACCAGGUACAUGAAGUCAUCAUGUUCCCACUGCAUUACCAGGUACAUGAAGUCAUCAUGUCUCCACUGCAUUACCAGGUACAUGAAGUCAGCAAGAAGAUACUGCAGAGCUCCAGCAGACCGAUGUUGCUAGAUGCUGCUUAUUGUCAGAUGCUAGUGGACUGGGGCCAGUACAUCGACCAUGACAUAUCCUUCACUCCUCAAAGCACAAGCAGAGCUGCUUUCUUGGGAGGACUGGACUGUUUAAAGACGUGUGAAAACAUAAACCCCUGUUUCCCUAUUGAGACAUUCCCUGAUGACAAACUGUCUGGGAACAGAAGCUGUGUGCCAUUCUUUCGUUCAUCGCCAGCCUGCUUCUCCGGUAAUGCACAGGCUGUGACGACGGACAUCAAACAAGUGCUACAGCGUCAACAAAUGAACUCAAUCACGUCUUUCCUGGAUGCAUCCACUGUAUAUGGCCACACGCCAUAUUUACAGAGUGCCCUUCGAGACCUCUCAAACUCUAAGGGUCGGCUGGCUGUCAACAGCAGAUUCACUGACCGUAGUGGCAGACCCUACCUGCCUUUUGUUCCCAACACCCCGUCUCCAUGCUUCCAAGAUCCAGGGGAUCCCCAGGGAGAAAGGGUGGAUUGUUUCAUGGCUGGGGACAGCAGGGUGAAUGAGGUUCUGACCCUGGCGGCUCUACACACUUUGUGGAUGAGGGAACACAAUAGAAUCGCAGAGGCCUUGAAUAGCCUCAACCCACACUGGAGCUCAGAGAUUAUUUACCAAGAGGCCCGCAAGAUCAUCGGAGCUCUGCACCAGAUUAUAACCACCAGGGAUUAUGUUCCCAAAAUUAUUGGAAGAGAGGCUUUUGAUCUUUACAUUGGUCCCUAUGGGGGCUAUGAUGCAACUACAGAGCCCUCAGCCUCCAAUGUAUUCUCGACUGCUGCAUUCCGAUUCGGCCAUGCCACUAUUCCCUCAGCUCUCCGGAGACUCAACCAGAGCUUCCAGGAACAUGAACACUUCUCCUCUUUGAGUCUGCAUAAGACUUUCUUCAGUCCCUGGCGACUCAUCAAAGAGGGUGGACUAGAGCCAGUCCUCCGAGGCCUGUUGGGGACGCCGGCGACUGUAGUGAGCCCAGAAAACCUACUGACAGAGGAGCUGACAGAGAGACUGGUUGUGCUUACUGUCCCAGGCGGCUUGGACUUGGCCGCACUCAACCUGCAGAGGGGACGUGAUCAUGGACUUCCAGGUUACAAUGACUGGAGGACGUUCUGUGGACUGGACAGAAUAGAGACUCGAGAUGACUUCAGAGAAGUUGUAAAAGAUGCAAGUGUUGUUGGGAAGAUCAUGGACCUGUUUCGACAUCCUGACAACAUUGACGUGUGGCUAGGAGGACUGGUAGAGGAACCUCUGCCUGGCUCCAGGACUGGUCCACUCUUUUCAUGUCUCAUUGGAAAACAGAUAAAGAUGAUUCGAGAUGGGGACAGGUUCUGGUGGGAGAGUGAGGGUGUGUUUACACUGGGUCAGAGGGUGGAACUACUAAGGCAUUCUCUAUCUCGCGUGAUCUGUGACAACAGUGAAGUGAAAGAGGCCCCUCUUGACCCCUUCAGGUUUGGGAAAUACCCUGAUGGUUUUCUCUUGUGUGACAAUAUACCAUCAAUGAACUUGGAGGCCUGGAGGGAGGAGCCUAGCCCAGACAACUACAGCUAAGACGAGAAGCAAGAGAUCCUCCAUGAAAACAUUGGCCUUUGUUUUAUUUUGCUCUAUGUUUUCAUGCUUUUUAUCCUGUAUAUUUUAACUACUGUUUCAACCUGCAACGCCUUUUCAUCUUUGUGAAUAUCCUUGUACUUCAGUUCAAUGUAUUUGGGAUGAAUAAAGUUAUAAGAGGUCAG